AUGGAAUCUUGGCUGGAAUCCCUAUUGGGAGCUCGAUUCAUUCUCAUGCUAGCCAUUGUACCCGGAGGUAUCGUUGCUCUCAUGGUUCCCUUCUAUCUCCAAACAGCCUUGCGAUCGCCGCGGCAAGUUCGCUCCGGUCGCUUGCUAUGGUUGAAGCUCGCCGUCGGUAUCAUCUUAGUUGCUGUUCAGACGAGCAAUCUCGUCGGUCGGCACGCGGCGUCGUUGUUUAGGUCAAAGCUUGCUCUGCCAGCGGCAGCCAUGUCUCUCCUGGCUUCGGUCGGCAUAGUCAUCAUUCUCUGCGUCGCCCACACUUACUCGCUGCAACCCUCGACCUUUCUUGGCGUUUUUAUGAGUCUGACUAUAAUUUUCGACAUUGCUAUGGCGUGCUCUUGUUUCCGCGGGCAUGGCUUCGACACUACUGGCGCUUUAUCGAGUUAUGCCAUUAUUCUCAAAUUGACUAUAGUUAUGCUCGAACAAGUAUCGAAGCGCAACCUAUUUCAAACUAAAAAGUCACGUUGUACUGUAUCUCGAGAGGGAGCUGCUGGGUUCUGGAAUCGUGCAACAUUCACGUGGCUGUACCCUCUCCUGACCGCCGGCUUUGGCAAGGAACUAUCGCGAGACGAUUUACCGCAAAUCGGACAAGAUUUUGAUUGCCUGCAAAACUUUGAUAAAUUCUUCCCAUUAUGGGAGCGCGCCGACAAGAGAUCUGGCCUAGCCCUCGCCAAAGUGCUACUGCGUACUCUCCCUGAGCAAUUCACCAAGGCCAUUCUUCCACGGCUAUUAUUUACUCUACUCAAGUUCUCCCAGCCGUUCUUGUUGCUGCAUAUCGUCCAAGCCGUCAAAUAUGGUGGCGUGGAUCGUGACAUUUCCUGGGCUUUAGUCUUUGCAACGGCGUGCGUAUUUGUUGGCAUUACUGUCUCUCGAGUAUUGCAAGCGCAUUAUCACUUCCGAGUGGUGACAAUGAUCCGUGGUAUACUUGUCGCGGCGAUCUAUGACAAAAUGCAAAAACUGUAUUAUGAGGACCUUAUCGAUGCGGCAGCUGUGACGCUGAUGACUGCAGAUAUCAGAGAUAUCAAAGCAAUGGGUAUGUCACACACGGUGCGGCAGUAUUUACAAGAGAAGCGACAUGAAGAAAUACAAACGUCAAUGCAAGACCGACACGCGCGGCUGUGGACGUUCGCCUUUGCGGCAUUUAACAACUCUGCGACACCUGUUCUCGUUCUCGGUGGUGCUUAUUUUUGGACACGCAGCGGCGAGAGCCUCAGCGCUGCUGAAGUUUUUACAAUCCUUGCCAUUGUCGCCAUCGCUUCCGAGCCUCUCACCCCGUUUCUUCAAGGCAUCAUGGAAUGGACAGUCGGUUCUACUUCGCUCGGCCGCAUUCAGAAUUUUCUCGUGUCUACAGAGGCUGAGGAUGCGCGACAAGAGGGCGACUGGCAACUGCAAACAGUUGGGCCAGCUGCGGACGACAAAUCGGACGCGGUACCCAAAGUCUCGAUGUUUGCAGUCCAAGUUACUGUCAUGGGCUUCACGUCUCUGAUGCAAGGCCCAAUUCUUCGAAAUAUAAAUAUGCAAGUUCCCUGGGGCUCACUUGCAAUUAUCUGGGGCCCAAUCAACUGCGGGAAGUCUACUCUCCUUAAAACCAUUGUUGGAGAGUCUGAAAUCACUACCGGCACGGUCAAUGCUGGAACAAAGCUGAUUGCCUAUUGCGGUCAACAACCAUGGAUCCCAAACCAAACGGUUCGAAACGUCGUGAUCGGCGUCUGUGACUUUUUGGAAGAGCGUUACAAUGAGGUUAUUUACUGCUGUGCACUCGACAUUGACAUUUUGCAUAUGCCCCAAGGUGAUCAGACAAUGACGGGCAUUGCGGGAUGCAAUCUCAGUGGAGGCCAGAAGCAGCGCCUCAGCCUUGCUCGCGCUGUCUACGAUGAGCUGGAAGUACUUGUCCUCGAUGAUGUACUGAGUUCCUUGGAUGCCCUCACAGCAGAGACCAUUAUGAGCCGUCUAUUUGGCGUCAAUGGCCUGUUGCGCCGUUUGGGCCGCACAGUCAUCAUGACUACCAACAGAUUGGAAUUUCUUGAUUACGCGAGCCUUGUGUAUGAAAUGGAUAUGAAAGGCCACAUUCAGCUAGAAGCACGUGGAGAAAGCGAUGAUUCAGCUUCAACCUCCAGUGCUACCACUAGUAUAGUGAGCGAGAGUGAGGCCGACGCACUCUGCGCGGCGGCUCCGAAGCCAACAGAGCCACCUUCCGUACAACCUUUGGAGGAUGAUACCGAGCUCAAGGACGCUCGAAUGCCGCGUCGGACCGGUACCUGGUCCCUUUAUACAUACUACCUACUCCCUGCAGGGUUGUUCUGGGUCGUCUCUUGGGUAUUCGUCAUGGCUAUUGCUGCCGCCAUUGAAAAAAUGCCGCUUGUUUUUGUUCGGGUCUGGUACUCGCAAGACCUCAACAAUUUUUACUAUUUUAUCGGCUUUGCCCUGUUUGCCGUGGCGAGCAUAUUCUGUAAUACGGUCAUGGGAAUGCAUUUCUUCUUUAAGAUUUUGCCAAAAUGUGCUGAAAAAAUUCACUUGAAUGUCGCCAAUUCUGUUCUAUUUGCGACUCUGGACUUCUUGGGCCAAACAGACGCGGGAUAUCUAUUAAGUCGAUUCAGUCGAGAUAUGACCUUUGUAGCUCAUGAGCUCCCAAUUCACUUCCUUCAAUUCGCCUUUGUUUUCUUCACAGUGAUCUGUGAAGCUGGUAUCGUCGCUGCUGGUACUGCGUACUUUAUACCGGCUAUGGCUUUUAUUCUCGUUGCUCUUUACGCUAUUCAACUUUUCUACCUACGAACCUCGCGCCAACUCCGACUUCUCGAGCUUGAAUCGUCAGAGAGAUUAUUCACCCACUUCACCGAAACCAGCAAGGGAAUCCAGCACAUUCGCAGCUUUGGGUGGCGGGAUGAGUAUACAAAUCAACUGUUUAAGAUUUUAAAUGACUCUCAAACGCCAUACUAUCUACUCUUCUGCGUCCAGAGGUGGCUUUCUCUUGCGCUAGACUUUACCGCCACAACCUCAGCAGUCAUCCUUACGUACCUGUCACUUUUCUAUCCAGGUACAACAUCUGAUCAUGCUGUCGGCUUGGCUUGGCUCACUUUGGUGACGUUUAGCUUCAACGCAUCAUUUCUCAUUCGCUCCUGGACAAACCUCGAAACUACGCUGGGCGCUGUCGCACGAAUUAAAGACUUUUGCGCAGACACGCCGAUUGAAAAGGACACACUCCGGGGUGCAGAGCUCCCAGAAAACUGGCCUACUACUGGGCUCAUAGACUUCAAUGGCGUCAGUGCCAGUUACACAUGUAGCGCUGAGGACGGGAGCCUCCGACGAGCUUUGGAAAAUGUCACUUUCACGAUUUACCCCGGCGAGAAAGUCGGCAUCAGCGGUCGCACGGGAAGUGGGAAGUCAUCAAUGUUUCUUGCGCUGCUGCGAAUGAUGAAGUUUGGCGGCGGCAUUAGCAUCGAUGGCCGUGACAUUACGACAAUCCCUCGAGAGCUUCUCCGUUCUCGGAUCACGACCAUGUCGCAAGACGGCGUGGAACUCAAUGCAUCCGUGCGAUUCAACAUUUACCCUUUUUCGGGACCUCAUCCAGAGGAGGAUACAAUUACUUCUACUCUACGGCUUGUCGGCCUAUGGACUCAUAUUCAAACAUACGGUGGGAUAGAGAAGACCAUGUCCAAGAUGUGUUUCUCGGCCAGUCAGCGACAGUUAUUCUUCUUGGCUCGUGCCAUGGUUCAUCAGCGGACGGCAAACACAAGGAUUGUGCUUGUAGACGAAGCCACCAGCGCAAUGAGUAAAGAGGGUGACGAGCAAACACGGGCUCUCAUGGAUUACGUCUUUUCCGAGUGUGUCGUGUUGCAAAUUGCACAUCACCAGGACUGGCUGACCGACAUGAAUGUCAAGAUUCGCAUGGACUUUGGCAAGUUGGUCAGCAUCCAGAGGCGGCGGCGCAAUGGGCAAUGGGUGGAGAGUCUGUGA